AUGAGUAAAGGAGAAGAGGAGGCAGAAUAUGAACUGGCAGCGUUAGAGAGACAGAUCUUUGACUUCCUUGGUUUCCAAUGGGCUCCUAUCCUUGGCAAUUUCCUACAAAUAAUAGUUGUCAUUUUGGGUUUGUUUGGAACCAUCCAGUUUAGGCCUCGGUAUAUAGUUGUGUACACGGUGUGGACUGCCCUGUGGGUCACCUGGAAUGUUUUCAUUAUCUGCUUCUAUUUGGAAGUAGGCGGACUUUCUAAGGAAACUGAUCUCAUGACCUUUAACAUCUCAAUGCACCGAUCUUGGUGGCGAGAACACGGGCCUGGCUGCAUACGAAGGGUGGUGCGUCCUUCUGCUCCUGGCAUCCUAGAUGAUUACUCCUACGUCUCUGUGACAGGCUGCAUAAUUGAUUUCCAGUACCUAGAGGUCAUUCACAGCGCUAUCCAAAUAUUACUCUCUUUGAUUGGAUUUGUGUAUGCCUGUUACGUGAUCAGUAUUUUCAUGGAGGAAGAGGACAGCUUUGAUUUCAUAGGCGGACUUGACACAUACUCCUACCGACAGCCCCCCCAGGAACAUGUUGAAUUAAAGCCUGUAAAGCCUGUAGGUCGAAAUAAGUAAUGAAUAUUUACUCAAGACUUCUGCUGUCUCUGAAGAACCAGAUGUUAGAAGAAAAGACUAACUUUGUGACUCAUCGUUCUGGAAGAAACACAUCAUCCGUUUCUCACGGCAUGUGGAUUAUUCUUCCCACAGGCUCAGUGUCAUUAUCGACGUUGUUAUUUGGUAGCUCCUUGUAGAUGAUCCUGACUUUUUUGAAUAAUUUACUUUUAUGGACCCUUACAAAUUGUAAAUUUUUCUUUUUUAAUUUCAAGAUUUUUACAACGCUUAGUGUUAAGGCAUGAAAACAAAACAACCAGUGAAAACUAUGAGAAAGAUUUGUCUUUCUCAAGGAAGUCAGUAUUUCUUGAUUGAUGGAAUUAUACUGUGCCUGGUCAAGAUUGUGUCAGUAAACAGUAAAUUUGACCUCAAAAUAUGUGUCAGGAGUCAAAUACUAACAAUGUAAAAGAGAUCAUUUUCAAUGCUCUAUGUAAAAUUCACAGUGUCCACUGCUUACAUUGUUCAAACUACUGUAUGCAGUAGGAAUUGGUCUAUGACUCUUCUCAGCCAGAUGUUCCAGGACUAAUAUACUCAUCUAAUUAUUCCAAUUCAUAUAUGGCUCCUUCUCCCUCUUUAAUCUCUUUUGCCCUGAGCCCACCAAUAGUAGUUUUCUGCAAUCCGAAGAGAAGUAAAAUGGCAAUUCUGUAUGGAUGCUGACAUCUAGGAACCCUUAAAUGCAGGACUCUUUAGAUGUCUGUGAUCUGCACAUUUGUAAACUCUUUUCUUCCCUUCCCCCAGGAAGAAGCCACACAUGAAUGUAAAGUAUAGGCACCAACUGCAGCCUUAGGAGCCUCGGGGGAUUAAUUUUGCUCUUAAUUUAAAAGUAAAGAAGAAAACCUGGAAAUGUAUAUAAAAGUUUGUAAAGUUGUUGUAAAUACUUCUAGACAAAAAAUAUGUAUGUAACUCUGUGGUAUUUUCUGUCACCACUAGUAUAAAGUGAUACACAAAGGCUAUUUUCUUUGGGGAACUGGCAAUCUUUUUAACAGAACUCCUUUCUCUCUUUUUAAUUAGUAUUUAAAAUACCUUGCACAGUCAUAUACCCACAGGGCCUACAUGCCUCAGCAUUC